UCAUCACCAUUUGACAAAAGAAGUCCUUUCUGUGUACAAUAAUGCAUACUAGUUUAAUGAGCCUUCCUGAAUCAUGCAUUAUUAUGCAGGGAUUAAAUAAGUUAGGCACCAUUCUUUUAUUCCUCUAGAGGUGAGACAGUGACCUAACGCCGCUCGUGCAAUAAUUUUCUGUGCUGCAAUACAUUAUUGAAAUUAUGAUGAGAUGAGUUGAUCCACAUCUGGUCUCUUAUUUCAUUGGAAAAUGAGCAGGGUGGCAGGAGACACUGCGCAAACAUCGGAGAACAAAGGAUUCUGAUCCAAUUCAAAAUCGUGUUAGGACACAUGAGUCUAGGAAUUUUGAUUCUCUUUGCCUCCCUUCUCUCCUUUAUAUAUAUAUCCGAGGUCUUGCCAUGGCCAAGAGAAGGCGAUCCCAAUUCAAUUGCCUCUGAAAAGAUUUCAGUAACUAGAUCUACUCUCAAACGAUGGCUUCACCAGCAAUCCCGAAAUCCCACUUUCAUGCUCGCUCCGUGAGCUUGCCUUCCAAGCCUAACCCACUCGUUCCUCAAGCAGAGGAUCACUUGGAGAGGAUCAGGAAUUCAGAAGCAGCCAUCACUUGUUCAAUUUCAUCGUUGAGCAGCAGGAUAAGCAGUCUCGCGGACUUUUACGACUCCAUCGAUGACUUGCUUCUCUUGCCACAUACCCAACAGGCCUUGGUUCAAGAGGGACGUGACGAGGUGCUCAAGAGAUCCCUCGGUCUCCUUGACAUUUGCAGCAUCAGCAAAGAUGUCGUAGCACAGACAAAGGAAACUGUGCAGGAGCUACAAUCGGCGUUGCGCAGGAGACGGGGCGAUGAAAUGGCGCUGAGAAAUGAGGUCGGGGUAUACUUGGCCUCUCGGAAGAAAGCAAAGAAGACUAUUCAAGCAGUUUUGAAGAUCAAAUCGACCAUCUCUCCUGCGGAUCAAAGCUGUGUGACUUUGGUUUCCAUGUUAAGAGAAGCGGAGGGAGUUGCUCUCAAGACGAUCGAAUCUUUGUUGACAUUGGUACGCGGACAGUCGAGCCGCUCUUUCUUCUCCAAGUGGAUGGAUUCCAACCGAGUGGCGGCCGAUGAGAGAGCGUCCAACAGAGAAUUAGAGAUCGUGGACGCUGCGGUUGAUACCCUCCUAAGCCACAAGAGUGGAAAAGCAAGUAAAAUCCAAAUGGAAAAUGUACAGAAAGUGUUGGCAGAACUUGAGCCCCACAUUCAGGACCUCGAAGAAGACAUGGAGCGCCUGAUCAGGCGCCUGAUCAAAACCCGAGUGUCCCUCCUCAAUAUCCUCAACCACUAGUCUGAGAAGUCAUGAAUCCUGGGAUGUAUAGAAAUGUCUAGCACAUGUGUAGUACAGAUUUUUUUUUGUCCUACUUGUAUACAACUCAACGUGUACAAACUAAUACAGAUCCGAUCUUCUGCCAAA